CAAGAAGGUGCCUCUUCUAACUUUGCUGUGAUUCAAGAUAUGGAGGGUGAACACAACUGGAAUGGUGAGAAUGCAGAGGAGUCCCUGAGUCACCAGGAUGGAUCAGAAACAAGGAAGACCCUCAGAAAACAUCUGGGCAAUUGGUUCAGAUCCCACCGGGGGCUGACUGUGCUCCUGGUGCUGUCUGUGCUCCUGAUCCUGGCUUUGGUGGUGGCCGUGGCUGUGCUGUCAGAAAGACUUAGAGAGAUUCCAGUCACACCUGGGGCUCCAAAAUUUCUGACCUGUCCCGAGGCCUGGAUCGGGUACAACAGGGUCUGUUACUACCUCUCGAGGGAUGAGGGGACCUGGGAGCAGGCUCGGGAUCGGUGCUCUGAGCUCGGGGCCUCCCUGGCCGUGCUCAGCGACAAGGAGAUGGGCUUCCUCUUCCGCCUCAAUGGCAACCUGGAUUACUGGCUCGGGCUGCGGAGACGGGGCGAGAGGUUUCAGUGGGUGGACGGCAGCAGCUACAACUCCUCGCUGGAGGUCCUUGGCAAUUCAGAGUGUGUGUACCUGGCGGACCAUAAACUCAGGAGUGAGAACUGUUCAAAGCAGCUGCCGUAUCUCUGCAGCAAACCCCAACCUCACCUGUACUAGAAGUGAGGGAGAAAGGACCUUCUCCAUCCUGAAGACACAGCUUUCCUUCUUCCACUAGCCCAGGGAUGUCCUUCUGCGGGUGAAUGUUUACUUUGUGACACAUCUCAGCACAACCUCAGGAACCUUGGUGCCUUUUGUCAUUGUCACCUCAGUAGCUGGUCUCAAGGUGAACCUGCAGGGACAUGAUGUGGAAGUGGAUGUGUGCCUUCAUGGACUAGGGGUUUCUUUCUCCACAAGUUUUCCUAAUUUUCUAUGACUGUUUAUAUGCACCUUAAUGGUGUAGGUGCAUAACACCACGGUGCUUUAAUGUGCGCAUGUGAAGUAUUUUUACCCUCUAAGGAGUCUUUCUGCUGUGCCUUUUGCAAUCGGUUUUGUCUAUCUCGU